AUGGACCCGAAAAGGCCCGUGGAUUUUGGCUUCGCGAUUCAACACGCCUUCGCAGAGUCGGAUUCGAAGCCAGAGCGGUCGCUCUCGUUCAAGUUCCCUCCGGAUCUCCAAGAAUCAACGAGACAGGAUUUGCUCUCAUCUCUUCCGUCAGAACUCAGACUUCGCAUCCUAGAAAUGCUUCCGACUGCCUCGAUUCUGAACCUCUUUCUAGCAAGCUCGGCGUUCAGGCAGCUUAGGGAGAACCUAUCUCAAACAUUUUGGAAAUCUCGGUUGUACUUUGAUGUACCUUGGUGCGCAGACAUGGUGCUCAAGCAGGUGAACAGUCAAAAAAAUAAAGGUGGCUAUGUACGUUUCCACCGGCUCCUACGUGAUGUUAUAGACACAUCACGAUUUGGUGCGUACGGGCCAAUAGGAAGGGGUGGCAAGCGGACUAUUACUAAGGACUCCCUGGCCUUGAGAAACAGGCGGCACGUGUGGCUUAACUGUGAGCGGAUCCUGGAGGAUAUCGAGGCUCGACAAGCAAUCGCUCGAGAGCAAGCUGGUCCUAUUUGGACAGGCUCGCGAGGUCUGAUAUCUCGCAAAGUAGCAUCUGUCUCCCAUCCAUCUACGCACAGGCCGGAGAUUACCUCAGAUGUAUACUUUGCUUCGUAUCAAGACAGAACAAGCCAACUUAAAGGGAUAACUGCUCACAUGACGCAUCAAGGUCACAUUAUUGGGAUCGAACUUCACCUAUCACAUGAACACUCCAGCCAGCCUCACUCCAAUCGCCUGUUAGGAAAUCGCGGUGAGUUGACGGAUAAGGUAACCAUUGUCUCAAGUGCCUCUGUCGUCGCAGUGAUGAUCUCUUUUGGUUCAAUCCAGCAGAAUCAAGACCAAUCUGCAAUGGUCGCCCUAAGUCUUGUGGUGGAAGAUCGCCCCUCGGAGCCCACCUAUACUGUCGGCUCAUGGAAUGAUGGGGACGUGGUACAGAUACUUUUCGCUGACACUGGCAUGGAAGUGAUAGGUCUCACGGGAGAAUUCAAUGUUUGUGCACACCGGCUUUCCUAUUAA